GCAGAGAAAUUGAAAGAGGAUGCAACCCAAACUGGAAACAAGGACUUCUUGUUGGAGGACGAUCCUGAUCAGUCGAGUGAGUCGCCCACCCAGAAGGAAUCGAAUACCCAGAAGGAAUCGCCCACCCAGAAGGAAUCGCCCACCCAGGAGGAAUCGACCACCCAGAAGGAAUCGCCCACCCAGGAGGAAUCGACCACCCAGAAGGAAUCGACCACCCAGAAGGAGGGUUCGCAGUCCGCAGAGGCCGAGGAAGAAUACUUUAGAACAGUGAGCGGGCGCAUCGAUGAGGACAUAAAACACCUGGAAGAGAUGAUUGCCCUGAAUGAGGACGAAUGUAAUAGGCAGUUAUUCAAUCGUCUCCUGAAUAUAAUCGGAGUUGAAAUAGAAAAAAAUCUACAUUUGCAGAAGAAGUAGUAUAUGCGAUUUCUGUGAACCUACUCCCAAA